AUGGUUCAUGCAUUUGUAGUGAGAAAGGGUAUAAUUAAAGAUACUUUUGUCAGUAAUGCGCUUAUUCAUAUGUAUGCAAAUUGUGGAGAAUUGGAAUCAUCAGAGCGUUUAUUUAACUCAAUGGAAGAAAAAGAUGUGGUUUCUUGGACUGCUUUAUUAUCUGCUUAUAUGAAUGCAGGGCUCGUGGAGGAAGCAGAACGAUGUGUGCAGAAUGGUUAUUUUGAAAAUGGCCUGAAUGUGUUUAAUGAGAUGUUGCGGUCUUAUGACCAACCUAAUGUUGUGACAAUUGUUAGUAUUUUACCAGCAUGUGCAGGCUUGGGUGAUCUGAAGAUUGGGCAAGCAGUUCAUGCGUAUGCUAUUAAAAAUGAAUUUUGUGAAUUGAUCUCGCAGAGUGUGUUUGUGAGGAUAAAGGAGAAAAAGACUGCUGUGUUGAACGAGAUGACCGCUGCUUAUGUUGAUGAACAUAAAAUGGAUGCUGCACGUAGUAUUCUUAAGUCAAUGCAAGAUUAUGGCUUAAAACCUGAUGAAGUUUCAUUUAAUACUCUUCUAGCUGGACACGCAAGAAAUGGGGAAAAGAAUGAGGCUUAUGAGUUACUAUCUGAAGUGGUCAAUUGGGGUCUAAAGCCGAAUCUUGUGUCUUUUAAUGUACUCGUAUCUGGUUUCCAACAAUCUGGGCUUAGUUCUGAAGCUUUAAAAUAUUCCCAAUCAUUCAAUCAUCUUCCAGCAAAUAUAUAG